GUAUGCUGGUAUAGGAGCUGGUUUAGCAGUUAUUGUCAUCAUUAUACUGAUACUCAUUACUGUUGGUUGCCUGAUUUGGCGUAAACCUUGGAAAGGAGAGAAAGAUUCAUCAGAGCCUAUUGCAUUAGUAACUAUGAGUAGAUACUCAAAUCCUGAGAAUAGUCAGGCUAGCCCUAUAUAUGAAGAGGCUAUGGCCAGUGAAGACAUUACAAGAGAUGCAGCACCAACCUCAAUGAGACAUCCUCCUUCUCAGCUUGAGAUGCCUACAUAUAUGUAUCAGGAUCCUUGUAUUAUACAAAGGACACAAGCACCUAAUUUGGGUUAUUUAUAUGCUGAAGUGGAUAAGAAGAAAGAGCCACAAAAACAAGUAGUAUAUGCUCAAGUUGAUAAAGAAAGGAAGAAGAGAGGUGAUGGCAUAGUGUAUGCUGAUCUUGACCCAGCAAGUACACAGGGUGGCAUCUUCACCGAAAAUAUUGCAGUCAAUGUCAUUUAUUCUGACAUUCAUAAUUAAAGAGGAAUGAAGUUUUAUAACCUAGAGACAGAACAGAAGUAUUAUUAUGUACAUGCCAUUAUACUUUUUGCUGAAUACUAUGUAGAUUUAAUGUUCUUUUUACAUUAAUUUUUAAAAUACA